UUCUCUUCUCUGAACGGAUCAGCGAGGCAAGAUCCUCCCUGAAGUGACGCGUGGAAUCGGGUUCAGAUCCUGCACCUGUUUUGCCUUUGUUUCUGCAACACCUUUUAAGAGUUCUGGUCAAAUGUCGUUCUGUUUCCUGAGCUGUCGUUGGAUAUUACCAACGUGGAUCUUUAAAAAGGAUCAAUUUGACAACCUUGAAAAACACACUCAGUGGGGGAUCGACGUUCUGGAAAAGUACAUCAAAUUUGUGAAAGAGAGGACGGAGAUUGAGAUCAACUAUGCAAAGCAACUUAGGAAUCUUUCAAAGAAAUACCAACCCAAAAAGAACUCCAAAGAAGAAGAUGAGUACAAGUAUUCUUCCUGCCAGGCCUUCUUAGCCACUUUGAAUGAGAUGAACGACUACGCAGGACAGCAUGAGGUCGUUUCAGAGAACAUGACCUCCCAGAUCACUGCCGAAUUGGCCCGCUACGUCCAGGAGUUGAAACAGGAGAGGAAAAUGCACUUUCAUGAUGGCAGAAAAGCUCAGCAGCACAUCGAAACUUGCUGGAAGCAGCUUGAAUCGAGUAAAAGAAGAUUUGAAAGGGACUGCAAAGAAGCGGACAGGGCGCAGCAGUAUUUCGAAAAGAUGGACGCUGAUAUCAAUGUAACAAAAGCAGACGUCGAAAAGGCACGGCAGCAAGCUCAGCUCCGCCAUCAGAUGGCUGAAGAGAGCAAAGCGGAAUACUCCUCCACAUUACAGAGAUUCAACCAUGAGCAGCAUGACCAUUACCAUACCCACAUCCCUAACAUCUUCCAGAAAAUUCAAGAAAUGGAGGAGCGGAGGAUAAUCAGGAUAGGCGAAUCCAUGAAGACCUUUGCGGAGGUGGACCGGCAGGUGAUCCCUAUCAUUGGAAAAUGCCUGGAUGAGAUAACAAAAGCAGCUGAAUCCAUUGAUCAGAAGCAUGAUUCCCAGUUGGUGGUAGAAGCCUUCAAAUCUGGGUUCGAGCCUCCAGGCGAUGUCGAUUUCGAGGACUUCACACAGCCAAUCAAGCGGACCGUCUCUGACUCCAGCCUUUCAAACUCCAAAGAUGGGAAGCCGGAGUCCAGAUUCAGCAGCAAGUCCAAGGGCAAGUUGUGGCCAUUCAUCAAGAAAAACAAGUUUAUGUCCCUUUUAACAUCCCCCCAUCAGCCCCCUCCUCCGCCCCCUUCUUCUUCUGCCUCACCUUCCGCUGUUCCUAAUGGCCCCCAGUCUCCCAAGCAGCAAAAGGAGCCCCUCUCCCACCGCUUCAACGAGUUCAUGACCUCCAAACCCAAAAUCCACUGCUUCCGGAGCCUAAAACGCGGGCAACAGUCACAGUCUUUGUAUUUUCACAAAGAGCUCAUGAAGAGGACUUUAGGCAAACCCACCUAUGCACUUGAGGCUAGGGAAUAUGUUCUUUCUCUCAAGCUGAUAACUCUGAAUAUGCAGGUCUGGAAUCUAAUGGAGGGUGGCGGACCAGAGGACUUCAGCAAUCUGCCCCCUGAGCAAAGAAGGAAGAAGCUGCAGCAAAAGGUGGACGAGCUGAACAGGGACAUCCAAAAGGAAAUAGAUCAAAGAGAUGCCUUAACGAAAAUGAAAGACGUCUACAUCAAGAACCCUCAGAUGGGAGACGCAGCCAGUGUGGAUCACAAGCUGGCCGAGCUCGCCCAGAACCUGGAGAAGCUGCGUCUGGAAGCCCAGAAAUUCGAGGGCUGGCUAGCUGAGGUAGAAGGCCGGUUGCCUGCACGCACUGAGCCAGCACGCCGCCAGAGCGGGAUGUAUGAGCCUCAGAACACCUUGACUGUCAACAACUGCGCCCAGGAUCGUGAGAGCAGUCCAGAUGGCAGUUACACAGAGGAGCCGAGCCAGGAAAGUGAGGUGAAAGUGCCGGCACCGGAGUUUGACGAUGAGUUUGACGAUGAGGAACCGCUUCCCACGAUCGGGACGUGCAAAGCUCUGUAUACCUUUGAAGGUCAGAACGAAGGGACGAUCUCAGUCUCUGAAGGAGAAACGCUGUUCGUCAUCGAGGAGGACAAAGGCGAUGGCUGGACGCGGAUCCGAAGGAACGAGGACGAGGAAGGUUACGUCCCAACCUCCUACGUCGAAGUCUUUUUGGAAAAGAAUGCCAAAGAAUCAGCAUUAUAGGAAAGUCCACCUUCUGAGAUUCCUAAAUGUGUUGGCUGCUGGUAACAAGAGCAUCGGGGCGAGCAGGGGCACAGGAGAAACAAAUGGUCUGGGGUUUUUUUUAAGCACCCUGUUUGCACCAGGGUUUUUUUUGUGGGUUCCCCCACCUUUUUUUAACAGCAACAACCCUCCCUCGUGUUAGGCUCCCCUCCCUUGGAAACGGAGCUAUCAUUUGCAGAGGGAGGAAUAAAACCCUUGCCCCAAUAGUGGAUGCAUUCCAUGACUCCCAACAUCAUCACCCAGUUGCUUGCUAAAACUCUCCAGCAUGCCACCUGCUGCAUCAAACUAACCCAUCCCUCCUCUUCCUCUUAAACCAUGUGGAAGUUCCACCAGUCUCAUUUAAAUGGAGGACGUAACCAAAAAGCUUCCGUCAUGUCCGUGUUGCUCUCUGGUAGAGGCAACAGCAAUUUGCUUUGGCUAGCUGACCACCAUUAUGUGCCACCUUUGCUCAUCCAUCCUGACUCCGUUGCUGAUAGUUUCUAAAAGGGGGCUUGCAAGGCAAGCUGCCUUUGUUCCCAUUUUGUAGAUGAGAAACCGAGGCUGAGAAAACACUGGGGUUCUGCUUUCCUUGCAACCACACACAGGCAAACCCACUUAAGCACAUGGCUUCUAAACCAGGUGUGGGGAAACCUUUGGAUUUUGUUGAACUACGAUUCCCAUCAUCCCUAGCUACUGACAGUGCUUGCUGGGGACCUGAUAGGCAUUGUGUCGUCAUUCAGCAACAUCUGGAGGGCCAAAGAUUCCCAGCAUGCCUGCUCUAGACAGCGGUGAUCAGAGCUAAAUAGUGAAUCAAAACCAGUUUACAAGUCUUGCAUUCAGUUCUGGUUAGGGAGCUUGGUAAGUAGAUUGCUGAUUUUAAUCAGGCCUAAACACUGGAGUAGUUCAAUUGAAACCCAGCAGUAACAUUAUGGGUUGUAUCCAAUGUCUGCUCUGCUCAGAGUAGACACAUUGAAAUUAAUGAGCAUGGCGAACUUGGAUCUAUUCAUUUCAGUGUGGCUUUCUUUACCCUAAGUCUGGAGAAUCUAACAAGAUGGCCCUGGUUGGCCCCUGUAAGAACAGGAUUCUGGACUAGAUGGAGUCUCCUUGGGCCUGACCCAGCAGAUGCUGCUUAUGCUAUUACUGCUUCAUAACCUGACCUCAGCUAUGAACUCGGGAGGCAGCCGUUAAGGCUAGGAGCCUUCUCUGACAGCCUGCCUUCUGCAGAAUGGGAAUAAUAAGUGCUUCCUUAGGACAAGUUUGGAAGGUCUACGAAGUGCCUAUGAGAAAAGAACCGCAAAGAUACCACAUAAUGGUAUUUUCAUUUUUUUAAAAAUAGAACUUAUUUAAAUAAUAUUUAGUGCCACUCACUUCUGUCUCUAAUCUUAGGGUGGCAGCGUGUGGUGGGGAAACUUGUGCCUUCCCAUGUUCUGAUACAUUGUGGUUGGACUCCAGCUCCCAUCAGUCGCUGCAGCCACCGUGGCCGACAGGAAAGAUGGGAGGUGGAGUCCAACAGCAUCUGGAAGGUCACAUGUCUCCCCAUCCCUGAUCUAAGCAGCAGCAUUCCCUAGUGCAUGCGGGG